UCGAGUCUCUGCAGAUCCGAGAUCGUUUCACUAGGUGCAACCUUCGAACGAAAUCGCGAAAGGAAGCAAACUUUGAAACGAGUUUGAAGCGUCUCGUACGAUUCGGAGCAACGUUCGCGUUACCAAAUAAUCCCAUCUAACGACUGUCGCCUCUAUUUUGUGCUAGAGUGUUUCUUUUUUGUGUCGUGUUUAGUUAAGUUUUGUUACCGUAAAGUGAUCCAAAAAGUGUGAUUAGUGUGAUAAGCGUCAAAGUGGAUUGUUUUGUAACAAACGAUCGUCGAAUUCGUCUCUAGCAUUCAAGUGCUUCGCAUUGUUUUUUUCGUUCUUCUUUCCUGACAACAUCGAACACACAUACCACUAACUUGCUUCCCCUCCCUUGGUACUUCCACUCCGCAUGCUGCUGAUCCAAGAAGGCGCGUAAAACAUUGUCGCAACGAAAGAUCAGCUAAUCGACGACCUUCGGGAAGCUGAAGUGAUUUUACCACAACCCCUCUGUUCGGCCUCGCAAGGGCAAAGAUUUCGGUAGUGUUUUUACGUGACGGUGCAAUAAAGAUUGUGGCAGGAUUUUGGUCCUAAGUAGCCGAGAAGCGUUCGGUGAUCAAACAAUCGGAACACGGUGUAAUCAGACCGCGGUCAAGCAGGCGCACGCCAAAGAUACGAGAUAGCGAAACCCCGUCGUUGCCAGGGAGAGCGCAGGCAGAGAUGGCCACGAUGAACCGAGAGCUGUCGACGGACAGCGCAUUUGCCGCUGGUCGCAACAGUUGGAAUCGCAACUAUCACAACAGCGUCGUGCAGCCACUCCUGACAGAUUUAUAUCAAAUAACGAUGGCCUACGCAUACUGGAAGUCGGGCAAAAUCGACGAUAACGCCGUGUUUGACCUGUUCUUCCGCACGAACCCAUUCCAGGGAGAGUUUACCAUUUUUGCCGGGCUGGAGGAAUGUUUGAAGUUCCUCGACAGCUUUCAUUACUCCGAAACAGACAUCGAGUAUCUUAAGCAUGCCCUACCGCAAGGCAUCGAGGAUGAAUUUUUCGAGUAUUUGAGCCAGCUAACGGCGAAAGAUGUCACACUGUAUGCAAUUGAAGAGGGAUCCGUUGCAUUUCCAAGAGUUCCCCUCAUCAAAGUGGUCGGCCCACUCAUCAUAGUGCAGUUACUCGAAACGACCCUUUUGACUCUGGUGAAUUACGCAAGUUUGAUGGCCACCAACGCCGCCCGAUAUCGCAUGGUUGCUGGGAAGCAUAUUCACCUGCUCGAGUUUGGCCUACGGCGUGCCCAGGGACCGGACGGGGGUCUUUCGGCUUCCAAAUACUCCUACAUCGGUGGUUUCGACGGAACCUCGAACGUUUUGGCUGGCAAACUGUUCAACAUUCCAGUGAAGGGUACGCACGCCCACGCCUACAUCACAUCCUUCACCGGCAUCGAUGAGCUGAAGACGCGCGUCCUGCAGCAUAAAGAAGAUGGCACCACCCGCGAUAUUCUUGAACUUGCCAUGGAGCACCGGUCGAGUCUGGCCAGCGUGCUGGACGUGUCCACCGACGAGAGCAGCGAGGGCGAGCUGGCAGCGAUGGUUUCGUUCGCGAUCGCCUUCCCGGACGGGUUUAUGGCACUAGUCGACACGUACGAUGUCAAGAGCGACAAGCUGGUCGGCACCCCUUCAAGCGAGCUGUGCGAGCCGCUUGACACGGUUGUUUGCGAUCCUUUCUGCGUGGGUCGAUUACACGAGACCAAUGCCGAUGGUGGUGGCGAUGGAGAUGAUCUACAUCCACUGUAUAUGGUGACCACACUGCCGGAAAUACCAGAGGAAGAGUGCAACGGCUGUGGCACCGAAGAGGAGGAGGAACAACAGCAGGACGAGACAGAAGAACAAGCGGCCGAGGAUGAUCAGAAACAGGAGGACCCGGUCGACGAAUUAAGUGAUCAACCACCACCGUCCAUAGUUGUGCAGGAAGAGCACAACGCUCAGGAUGAAGGUAUCGAAGAGGGCGAAUGCACAACACUGGUCAAGGAUAACAAGGAUGAAAACGCAAACAGUGAGGACGUCGAAGAUCAGAAUGCAAUUGCCGUCCCGGCCGAGGCAACUGAAGGGAGCGAUGGCACCGAGGAACCACUGGCCGAACUCGAACCGAUUGACGGCGAUCUUCCCGAGGGCGUCGACGAUGAACAUACGCGGUGUGCAAACUGUGAAGCAUUGAACACGAUGAUCCACCAUCUCCGAUCGGUUGGAAAGUCCUUCAGGAGUGGCCUGUUGAACUUCUGUGCAGUUGCGUUGGCCCUGAACGAUCAAGGAUACCGUGCGAUCGGCAUAAGGAUCGAUUCCGGUGAUUUAGCCUACCUAAGCUGCCUGGCGCGGGAAACGUUUGAGCGGAUUGCGGAGCGCUUCAAGCUGCCCUGGUUCAGCAAGCUGACGAUUGUGGCCUCGAACGACAUCAACGAGGACACCAUACUGAGCCUGAACGAGCAGGGACACAAGAUCGACUGUUUUGGCAUUGGAACGCAUCUCGUUACCUGCCAGCGACAACCCGCCCUUGGGUGCGUCUACAAGAUGGUGGAGAUCAACAACCAGCCACGGAUCAAGCUGAGUCAGGACGUUGGCAAGGUCACGAUGCCGGGCAGCAAGAAUGUGUUCCGAUUGUACGGGGCCGAUGGACAUGCGCUGAUCGAUUUGCUGCAGCGAGUCGACGAGAAUCCGCCCGAGGUAGGUCAGAAGGUCCUGUGUCGCCAUCCAUUCCAGGAGUCAAAGCGUGCGUACGUCAUUCCGACCAACGUCGAGCCAUUGUAUCGGGUGUACUGGACAGAUGGGCGCGUGGCCCAAGUCCUACCCUCGCUGGAGGAAGUUCGCGAGCGAGUUCAGGCGUCUCUGAAAACACUGCGCCAGGAUCACAAGCGUACGCUUAAUCCAACCCCGUACAAGGUGGCCGUGAGCGAUAAUCUGUAUAACUUUAUUCACGAGCUUUGGCUGCAGAACGCUCCGAUCGGUGAGCUCUCAUGAUAAGUCGGACGAGAAACGUGGUACUUUGGCAGCAGCAACUGGAGUGGAUCUCCAUCGAUGUUAACCGAGGAAUGUAUGCUGAUCGAUGGCAUUGGGGCGGUGUUGUUUGUUAGUUUUAACGUGUUUUAUUUUACUAUUUCUUUUACAAUUUGGAUACCAAAAUGAGAUAUUCCUACCGUCAAACGGGUAUGGAAUUCUUCGACUG